AUGACGGAAAAAGUAACGAUCGCCUCUCAAUUAACCAAAUCAAGAGGGGACUCGAACCUUCCUACCAGUGAAAAUGCCAGAAACCCGACCCCAUUGCCAGUCCCAAAUAAAGAACCUACCCCCUCAAUCGAAACGUCUGCCUCGACUUCAACUUAUCCAUCCGUUUCCGUUUCUUCAUCAACUUUUGGCACCACGACAGCUUAUUCGAAAUUGGACAUCUCUGAAAGAUCAGACUCGUACGACUAUCCCGUACUACCUCCCGUUCAGAUAGUACAUCUUUCAGCACAGAAUCGUAAAAUUGUUGCCACAAAUAUCAGACAUUUCCUCGUCCUGUUUUGGAUUUUAUUAUUUGCAUCAUCAAUUCUGAUGUUCACAUACCUGUCGGUAGGACAAAGGGUAAUCCAAGACUUCCCUUUGUUCAGUUCGCUAGAAAUGAUGUCCUUUCUUCCAGCAUCGAUUAUGAUCUCAUGCAUUCUUUCACUAGGACAUAUUCUCAUAACGCAUUUCAGAGUGGAUAAGAUGGGGUCAAAAAUUGUACGUCGAAUCUACUUGGCGUCUUGCGUGGUGAUGUUGCUUCAUUACGUGGCCAUGUCUGCUGCCACCGGGACGGAAAUGUAUCUCAAGUUAUCAAGUCUUGAGGAGAUUAUGAUGGCAAAUUUAAAUAAAUCAAUUAAAGAAGAUAUGAUGACACAAGAGUUUCAUAGCACUCAGAGAAAGAGACGCUGUUGUGGGGUGCAUGGUCCGCAGGAUUGGAAAUUGCUAAACAAUAAUGACUGGUGGCCUGUACUGCAAUCAUUUAACCCGUCUUCGUGUUGCCAACAAGAAGAGAAUUCAGAAAAUGUAAUUCACGGCCACGUUUUUUUCAGAUUUUUAAUUUAUUUGAAUUUUCUAUCCUAUAAGGAAAUUAGUCUGUGUACGUCUGACACAGUUUGGCCAACUGGUUGCUACGAGGUAGAACGCGGUUGGAUUAUCUGGUAUUGUGGGUGGUAUAUUGUAUUGCUGGGAAUUGGAUGUGUCCUCAAUGUCUUGUUGCACCUUCAAAUACAUCGGCUGAUCAGUUAUUGCAAAAUAUACAGGCCACAUUGGAUAUACCCAGACAAACCUAGACAAUCAAGCAAAACUACAAACGAAGCCUCAAUUGAUUAGUAGUUGUGUAGCUGUAAAGAUGUACAUUUACGUCCACAAUGUGAUUAAAAGGCAAACAAUUUGCCUGAAUUGGUAAAACGUCCUGUAAUUAUUGAAUACACCCCAUCAUAAAUAAUGUAUGUAAUAAAUAUGUACAUACGUCUCAUGCCAAUUGUACCGAAUGCAACGUAGUUUCAUGAUUUAUAGGUUUCCCAAUUUCCAACCAAACGUAACGCACAUGUUUACUUUGUCCAAUGUAUGAAAUUCUGAAACAACGUAUCUAUUUAUUUAACUACAGCUUCCGUGAAAAGUUAUUGAGGAAGACUGGGAAAAUAUCAUCAAAACAGAUUGAUUUCAAUGAUUAGAACCACAUCCACAAAUGUCAAGGAUAUUGGAUAAAGCGAUCAUGUUUACUCUUUGACACCGCAUUCCAUGUAUCACAUGCAACAAUCUUCAGUGCCAAUUAACCCAUUCCUCUCUGUUGACAUCUGAUAAUUACAGUAUUCUAAAAUCCGUCAUGUAUUUAUCGCAUUUCAGUCGCGUUUCAAUUAUCCAUCUGGAAACAACCUUGAUGAAGUAAAGUGAGAAACGGUAAAGAAAUUAGGAAUUUGCUUGCAGUCAUCAAACAGUAAUAAA